AUGCAGUACAAGUCUUUCACAGCCCUCUUCUUCGCCAGUAUGGCUAUGGCCGCCCCGGCCGACACCAACUCCGAUCUUGAAUCCACAGAAGACAGCCUCUCGGAUAUCAUUCCCCCCUCCAUUGCCGUGGUUCUCGCAACCGCCGUCCCAACCUCAUUCUGGGCCGAAGCCACCAACACCGCCGAUUUCCUUUCCCAAGUCGAGCAAGGCAUUGUCUCUAACUCCUGGCCAACCUGGUACAGCAGCCUUCCGGACAGUGUGAAGGAGUACGUGACCACUGCGGUUGAGGGGUACUAUCCUUCCUUCGCAUCGUCCAUCUCCGCCGAGAUCACAAGCUCCGGUGCCAGCAGCUCUAGCCCCAGCACUGCCUCUGUCACCUCCACCAGCAUUUCUAGCUCUGGUGCAUCUUCCUCUGACGCUUCAUCCUCCGACGCUUCGUCUUCUACCGAUUCGUCUUCUGCCACGGACUCAUCUUCCUCCUCUACUGCCACCGGUUCGGAUGCUGCUUCGUCUUCGGCUUCGGCUUCGGCAUCCGGCUCUGCUUCAUCAACCACUUCUGAUGAUGGUGCGGCCCCUACUGGUAUCGCUAUGAGCCUUGCUGGAGCUGCUGGUGUUCUGGGUCUUGCUCUCGCCCUGUAA